AUGUCCCGCCGAGCACCACCCCGCGACUACGACGACCAAGAUGAAUUCUACGAAAUGGAAGGAGAGCGCGAGCGAGACCACAGGCCGCACCGACGACAUCGCGAGUAUGAGGAAGACCUUGAAUAUCUUCGGCGAAGGUCAGAGCCCCUAGUUGAGGAUAUGAAGCGUAUGCACAUCCGAGAACGGCCCAGGCGAGACUUUAUGGAAGAAAGCUUUGCGCCGCCGCGAGCACGGGAUGAUGUGGUUCUCAUGCGGUCAAGAGAGGAGUUAGAUAUGGUCUCGCCCGAGCGAUAUAUGCCUUUAGACCAUGAUGAUACCUACAUGCGGCCGUCUGGGUCCCGGCGUAGAGCUCGUCCUCGUGAAGUAGACGAGGAGGAUCUUAUUUUUGAGAAACGAGAGAGACGCCGGGGCAGUCGACGUCAUCCGCGAGACGUUGACGAUGGUUUGAUUUCCGUGGAGAGAGAAAGGCGUGGAGAUAGAAGGCAUCGUCCUGAACGAGAGCGAGAAGUGGAAGAGGAUCUUUUUAUUGACGAAAGAGAAAGGCGUCGAGAUAGGAGGUACCGUCCGGAGCGAGCAUCCGAAGAGGAUCUUCUGUUUGAGGAAAGAGCAAGGGAAAGAGGCAGUGGCAGGAGGCGUCCUUUAGAGCCAGAAUUCGAGGAGGAUGAUGAACUCAUCCUCGAACGGGAAAGACGCCGAGGAAGUAGGCGUCAUCCUCGGGAAUCUGAAGAGGAUGAGUUGAUCAUUGAAGACAGAGAAAUACACAGGGGGAGCAGGCGUCACCCAGAACGAAGGUCUGAGGACGACCUUCUCUUUGAGGAGAGAGAAAAGCGCCACCGCAGGCGACGUCCAGAAAGGGAAUUCAAAGACGACCUCUUAGUUGAGGGGCGGGGGAAACAUGGAGGAAGAAGAGACCACCCAGAGCGCGAAUUCGAGGAAGAGGAAAUGGCAAUCCGAUGGAAAAGGGAAGAGCCUCCUUUACGUCGCGGAUGGGACAGCGAACUCGAUAUUCGAUCGCGUGAAAGGAGAUUGGAAUUCAAGGAAGAGCCAUACCAUCGACCACGGCCACGGCCCCCGCCUCCCCAAAGGGUCGAGGUGGAAGAGGUCCUCCUUGACAAUGCACCCGCAGAGCGACACCGAAGCCCGAUCGAUCUUCCAGAUAGAGAAUCUCAACAGGACGAUGUGGCCAUCCGGCGGAAGGACAAAGGACCACGAUCGAUCGACUGUGUCGAUGAGGAAAUAGUCAUGCGCGGACGUGAAAGACGACGAAGUGUACCUUCGGAAGAUCUCGAACGCGAAUUAAGAGGUCUUCGACGAGAGGAUCGGGAACAGAUUCUACUGGAUGAAGAGCUUAGCGUGCGCUCACAGCUUGACUCCAAGUCACGCUCCCGAGACCUUGAACAAGGUAAGGAAGAGAUCAGUACUCGGAAAACCAAGGACAAGUUCCCAUCUCGUCAGCCAUCGCCUUCUUUAGAUUCCAUACAUGUACCCCCGAUCCCCCCAGACGUGUUUACCCACGAUAGGCACAUUAACCAUGGCUAUAAAGACGCUCAUACACCUCGUAUGCGCAGUCCGGAAACGCGGCCCCGGAGAGGUAGUUUUGAUGAAAUUGAUAUUCACCAUCGAAAAAGGCGAGGCGGACGAAAGUCAGAUGAAAGCAUAGUCCUCAAACAUAGUGACAGUGAAGACUCUCUCGCCCCGGAAGACUCAAUAUCUCCAACUAGCGGGCCAGCUCUUGAUUUCAACGACCCGUGGGAGCGGGAAACAAUAACCGCAACUCGUCGUCGAGCCAAGCCGCUAGAAGACGAGAGCGAAUUAGCUUACAGUCGCGAAAUAAGGGAUGCCCCUUCCACCCAUGACGUGGAAAAGGAUAUAAUGAUUGAGAGCACCAGGCUAGUAAGCAAGGCCCCACGAGGCACCGACGACUGGUCUGUGGUGCAUGCUCCAUCCCCGGAUGAAGCCAUUGAGAUGACCGGAGCUCUGGACGUUGUUGAGGUCAAACCUCGACAUGCGCCAGUGGAUGAAGCGGAAAUUGGACGGAUUGCCCAACAGGUCACAGGCCCAGAGCAGAUGCGAAAUGAUCGGUGGACCGAAAUAGCGAAGAGAUUGGUAGUGAGGGAAGCUAUUGAACAGAUGGGAUUCGAGUAUGAAGAGACGCGGACGUGCUACUACAUCUUCUCAUACCUCAAGUCGGAUGAUAUAGAUGAGCUUAUCGAAUUGUCUGACGAGAUUAGAAGUGCUCGUCGUCGACGCAUCCGUGACAUCCAGCGGGAGCGGGCCUCUGUGCCUGAUAUCGCACCCCGAAUUAGACCUCGUGUGGGAAUGCCUCCAAGGGCACGGAUGAUAGAGAAGCGCAUGCAAGAUAUUCGAGAUCGAGAAUGGAUUCCUCGGCGCUUUACAGAUGAAAAUGAACGUUCGCUCCUUCACACGCCAACCGCGUGUGUCUCGGAAACCCGGAUUUCCGCAGCACUCACCGUCCUUUUGAUCCAAAAUCCGCUUCACGUGAUCAAUAUGUCAAACGCAUCCGCUAGUACAGUCCCGUCUGGUUCUUCGGAACUAGGACGUUCCUCCACUGUUGUUCGCUCAAGCGACGAGCGUUUUAACAUCCAGUCGCCCCAACGGAGGAUUCUCAUUCGCCAAUUCAAGAAAGCCGUUUUUGAACAAGAGAUCCCUUCCCCAUUGUGGGCCGUUUUGCAGUUGUGCGACCUUGAGAAGCUUGAGUACAUGGUACAGCUUGCCCGCUUUUCACUGAAAAUCAUGGACACAUUUGCUGAACUCAUUUGUGCUCUUCCAUUCAAAUGGUCGGUGACACCAUCUCCCUCUCAACAGCUAGAAGCAGCAUACUGGUCUCCUACUUUCAGCCCGCGACGACGUGCUUCCCCAGUUGCAAUCUAUGCCGCCAGAGAACGGGAUGGAUACAAGUGUGUCAUCACAGGCACCCGCAAGAUCUACCAAACUACUCCAAUCUUCCCAGCUAGUGCAGUCAGCGCCUUCUUGCAAAAUGAACCGGAGACUCCUAACAUUUGGAGGUUCGCGGAUGUUUUCUGGGGAACGAGCACGACUUCGCGAUGGAAAAAGGCUGUUUUCAACGACCCAACCAAGCCCGACAUUCCUGUCAGUGAUUGCUCAAAUCUGAUCUGCCUUCGGAGAGACCUUCGGACUGCAUGGUCAAGUGGUUUGUUCGCCCUGCGUCCCAUCUGGAUUUCUGAUGAUAUGACCGAAAUGGAAAUUGAGUUCUAUUGGCAGCCAAAGCCAGACCACAAGCUUUUUGACACGGUUGAUGUGGCCAAGGAGCCUCCCUCUACCAAGAACGUCAACAGCGUGGAUCGACUGAUCAUCGUGGUAGGAAAGCGAGGAGAGCCAACAUAUCGUGCCAUUGAGUCCGGCUACCGCUUCAGAAUGACAACCGACGACCCCAUCAGUCGGCCCCUUCCGAGUUUCGACUUGCUGGACAUGCAGUGGCAUUUCACUCGACUGACAGCCUUAUGCGCUGCGGCCAGUUUCUUCGAUGACGACAAUGAGGAUGAAGACGACGCCAGAUCAGACAAGACUACCCAACCGGACCACCCUCUGUCUUCCAACCCUCCAGACGAUGACAUUCUGGCUUGGGUUAAAUCUUCCCUUUCACCUGAUGAAGAUUCCGAAUCGGACUUCAUAGAGGACAUCGAUGCAUCGAUGAUUGGCCCUCUGCCAGAGUCCGAUACCAUUCGUUCGCGUGCUGUUAGCGAGACUUCGAAGAGUUUUGAGAAGUCGGCGGGUUCGGCGGGUUCGGCGGAUUCGGAAAGUUUGGAGGAUUCAGACAUGGUUGAUGUGAUCUCCGGAACUGGCCAUCUAGCAGUUGACUUCAGAGAGGACAGUUAA